AUGAACAUCACAAAGAGAACAACCAGUAUCAUAUUACGUCUGGUUGAAUUUGUAUUUGCCGUUAUAGUAUUGGGUCUCAGUGCCGGUGUAUUAGCAGGCUACAACACCAACAUUUCUCGAGUCUCAUUCAAUUUAGUCGUGGCAAUCUUCAACAUCAUUUGGUUAGCUUACAUUGCGUUCAUUGCCCCAAAAGUAUUUGCAGGUCAAACACCAACAGCUGUCGUCUUGGGAUGUCAAUGUAUAUUUUGGAUCUUUUAUCUUGCUGGUUGGGCAGCAAUUGCAGAUGUGUUUCCUGAAGAUUGUAAUUGGUGGUACUACAUGCGUGAUUCUGAAGAUACUUGUCGUGCUUAUCAAGCAAUAUUGCCAUUUUCAUUAUUGAAUUGGGUUUGGUUUAGUAUCGAAUUGGGAUUGUUUAUUGGUUAUAGUUUGGUUCCUGAGAUUAAAAACUAUGGAGCUAAUCAUUUAUUACAAAAUACAACUUAUUAUUGGGGAACUUUAUUCAAUGCUGAAACCACUUCAGCAAAGAGUUUUGCUGGUUUGAAUUUCACUGAUACUGGAACUGUUGGUGGAUCUGUUGGCAAAGAUGGUGUUGUUGCUCCUCAUCUUGAUGAAGAAGCUGCUGUUGGAAAUGGAGUAUCUGAUGAAAAUGCAUACAAUACUCAUGGUGAAGAAGAAUCAAAAGUUGUAACUGAAGGUUCAGAUCAUUCACUUCAACAACAACAACAACAACCUGGAUUUGAAAAUAGUGCAAGAACAAAUGGUACAAUCCCAUCAACACACCAAAUUUAG